AUGGACCACUUCCCGCUCUUCGGCCAUAUUCUGAAGCAAAUCAUCCCGAUCAGGCUCCGGCACGAUGAGGUCCCGUAUGACGGAGGAGGAUUCCACGGGUUCGGGGAACGUGUAGGCUUUGACUCUAGAGAACUCAUGGAGGGUCUCUUCCUCGGGAACCAUUCCCUCCUUACGCGGCGGCCGUUGUCUGUGUAUGCCUCCCUCAUACAGUCUUGGUUUUACUGGGGGUUGUUGCACGAAUGCCUUUUUCAGUGCAGCACGGUGGAAAUUGAGGAUUACUGUGAACAACAGAGGAGACCAGAUGAAAACUGUCCCGUGCUGAUAACGAUGAAAUUUCUAGAGCGCGAUUUGGUCGCUGCCGCGCAGAGGCUGCAAGCCGCGGAUCCAGCUGGCGCCACGACGCACAUCAAAAACGCAAACGACCUUCUCGCAAGGGGUCUCUUCCUUCUUAGAGUGCUGUCUGGUCAAAUCGAGAAAGCCACUAAGAGCCCUACUGACGAUAGAGCACAAAUUUGGGCAGCACAUGGCCGCGAAGUCUUCCCUCACGAUCUCGAACUUUCCCUGUGCUGCCUUGGAUACACGAUUACGUAUGCCAUGGACGUCAUUUCUGCAGAGCUUAGUCUGUCUUCUUCUGAAAACAAUGCACGUUCCGCGGGAGGUUGGUACACACCUCCUUUUCUGAUCCGUCUCUUGGAGAAUUUGGGAUUUUGUAGGAGUGAUAUCCACCAUUUCGAAGGCAUUUAUGGCUUUGUUACCGCAUGUAUGGCAGUCACGCUUCCCAGCCACAACAAGAGAGGCAACCACUCGACUUGCACGGCAGAACGAUGUGAGGCUGAUAACAUCAAGCCUCAAGAGUAA